AUGUGCUUUGAUUCUCUUGUUGGAACGGAAGUGAAGGUUUAUGACCCACUGAAGGAUUUGUGUAAGAAGAUCAAUUUUUUUUUUCAAUGGAUCCCAAUAUAUGCAGGAGAAACCUUGAAGCAUCUAGAGAAAGAAAAUGAACUACUCUCGAAUGCCCAUAAAGCAAUGUCAGAUGAAUUGCACAAGCUUCAGGUUGAGGAAGAAAUGAUGAUGCGCAAGUUACAUGAACUUAUUUCAGCUCACACUCUAAGUAAAAAGAAAGGCUUAAAUGAUAAUGCAGAGAAAAGGCGGAAUGACCAGGAAGGAGCAGCGGUCGACAUAACUAAGAGUUAA